GCAGGUUCAGGAGUGGAAGCAGCAAAAGCUGGAGCUUGAAGCCAUUAAAAACAACCAAAACCUAAAUAUAAACCAGGUGCAGGAAGAAAAGAUUCCUGUUACAACCCACAUGAUAGAAAAAAAGGCAAAGGAAUUAAAGGAAAGCCUAAACAUUGAAGCCAAGUGUUCUCGUAGCUGGAUUAAACGUUUCAGAAAACGGCAUAAUUUAGUAGAACAUGCUCGAAUACAAACUGCUCAAAAGUUCCCUAAAGAUAUGCCGUUGGUCCCAAAAGAAAAAUUUCCACGAAAUAUUGUUUUAGUAACGGCACCCUGCGCGAACAUGCGAGCAAACCUGAUGAUCUCCACUUACAUUCCAAAAGUUAUUCAAGCAAGGCCAGAAGGGUUUUUCAAAAGCAAAGGUAUAAUUUUCGUUGAUGGACAUCGUAGUCACGUACAAGAUGAUGUAGUUAAAGCAUUGAACAACGAAGGCUUGGAUGUCUUAGAAAUACCCGGCAGUACAACUUGCAUUUUGCAACCACCAGACGUUUUAGUAAAUAGACCUUUUAAAAAUGGAAUUAGAAGAAGAUGUGAUGAAUGGAUUGAUGAAGGGGAAAGAGAGUUUACCACAAAAGAAAACCCAUCCGGGCUUGUAUUCAACUCUGAUAGUAGCGAAGACUAUAAAAUGUUGAACCGUCUCCAAGCUAUUGUCAAUAAUCGUAUGGAUGAGGCUAAUAUGGAUGAAUUGUGUGAAGAUGAAAAUGAAUUAGGUGUUGAAAAUUUACCGGAUAAUGAGAACGAUGAGGAUGAUAGCAAUAAUGAGGACGAUGUAAGUGAUAAUAGUAAUUUGACAAAUAGUGAGGAUGAUGAGAGUGCAAUGGAUAUUGAUGAAGCAAUAUAG